AUCUGAGGAUGUAUUUAAAUAUUUAUAUCUGUAGUCCACACUGUGGCAACACUGAACUUGUCGAUAAAGCUUUGUAUACAAAAUCAGUGACGUCACUGUCAUGGCGGCGGCAGACAGUUGGAGCUGGUUUCCAGCGUUAGCAUUGGGGGUUUCUUUCCUCAAAUGUCUGUUUAUCAACGCAUAUCAUUCCACAGACUUCGAGGUGCACAGGAACUGGUUGGCCAUCACACACAGUCUGCCGGUGUCCAGGUGGUACCAUGAGAACACAUCUGAGUGGACGCUGGACUACCCUCCGCUGUUUGCAUGGUUUGAGUUCGGUCUGUCUCAGGUGGCUCAACACUUUGACAGAAAUAUGCUGGUGGUGGAGAAUCUGAACUACGCCAGCCCGGCUACUGUUCUCUUCCAGAGACUGUCGGUCAUCUUCACUGAUAUGGUUUUUAUCUACGCUGCCAGAGAGUGCUGCAGGAGUAUUCAGGAGCAGAAAGGCUUUCGGGAUGUUUUGAACCGCUCCUCCUUCAUCCUAGCUGUUUUACUGCUCUGGAACUUCGGCCUGCUCAUCGUCGAUCAUAUUCAUUUCCAAUAUAAUGGCUUCUUGUUUGGUUUGCUGCUGCUGUCGGUGGCAAAACAUUUACAGUCUCGACAUCUGCAGGGGGCGCUGCUUUUCGCCAUCCUGCUCAACCUUAAGCACAUCUACCUGUACGUGGCUCCGGCCUACGGCAUCUAUCUGUUGAGGAGUUACUGCUUCACUCAGGACAACAAUGACGGUUCUGUCAGGUGGAGGAGUUUCAGUGUGGCCCGUCUGCUGGCUCUGGGCAGCAUCGUGAUCUCUGUGUGCGCUUUGUCCUUUGGCCCCUUCAUCGCCUUGGGUCAGCUCCCUCAGGUCCUGUCCCGUCUCUUCCCCUUUAAGCGGGGCCUCUGCCACGCCUACUGGGCCCCCAACAUCUGGGCCCUCUACAACGUGCUGGACAAAAGCCUGGCAGUGCUUGGUGUUCGUCUAAAGCUGCUGGAGGAGACGGAGCUUCCUCGUGCCUCCAUGACCGGCGGAUUGGUUCAGGAGUUUCAGCACUCGGUCCUUCCCUCCGUCACUCCCUCCAUCACACUCAUCUGCACUCUGCUCUCCAUCCUGCCGGCGGUGGUGUCGAUCUGGCGGCGUCCUCGCGGAGCUCGUGGUUUCCUGCGCUGCCUGCUGCUUUGCGCUCUCGGCUCCUUUAUGUUCGGCUGGCACGUCCACGAGAAGGCCAUCCUCAUCGCCAUCCUGCCUCUGAGCAUUCUGGCAGUUGAGAGCAGAGAGGAUGCUGGGAUCUUCCUCAUUCUGACCACCACAGGUCAUUAUUCGCUCUUCCCGUUGCUCUUCACCCCCGCAGAGCUGCCCAUCAAAGUGGUUCUGAUGCUGAUGUUUACAAUCUACUCUUUCACUGCUCUGAGGAAACUUUACAGUGGUCAGGGGUCUCUUCUCCAUCCUCUGGAGUCCAUCUACCUGAUGGGACUGGUCGCGGUAGCCAUUGCCUGCGAAGUUGCCUUCCCUCUGUCUCCAUGGCAACAGAAGCUGCCCUUCCUCCCCCUGCUGGCGACAUCGGUGUACUGCUCGGUCGGCGUCUGUUACUCUUUCCUGCGUCUGUACGCCAGUCUGCUGAGGCAGGAGGAGAAAUCCAAACAGCUAUGAGCGACGUCCUGCACUUGAGGGGUUGCAGGUUAGAUCCCUUCAAACAAAACACACCUACACCCUCUGCUGCACACGUGCCCCUGAGCAAGGCAAUCAGACACUGAGUGAUCAAUCAGGAAGAAGAGACUGCCAUGUUGGUGAUGUACUCUGCGUUUCUAGCUCCAUUUCUUCUUCUGGAAUAUUGACCAAUCACUGACCUCCUGACAACAUCAACCGUAACCAUCAGUUCUUGCUUUCUGAAUGAAACGGCAAGCACUUUCAUUGUUACAUUGUCAACUGAUCAAUCUUCAGGCUUCUUUCGAGGUUUUCAAAGUAGAAUCAUUUCUGGACUGAUUUUAAAAAGGUGUCAGGUCUCACCUGGAACCUCCAGGUGGAUGAAACAAACUGACCAGUGGUGAAUAACCCUUUUGUCCUGUUUUUUAAUAAAACGCCAUGUGGACCAAAAUAGAACUAAAAGACAUUUAUGAUUUUUGUUUUUCUAUAUUUUCAAAUAAAAACAAAGAUUAACUUAUCACAUUUGUGUAUGUAAUGUUGUUUUGUCAGGAUUGCUAAAUCUUCAUCUUCACACAUGAUGGAGCAUAACUUAAUACAUUUACUCAAGUACUGUACUUUAGUACACAUUCCUGGUACUUGAGUGACUCCAGUUUAAGAAACUUUAUACUUUUACUCCACUAAACUACAUAACUAUUGCACUUUUUAUUGCACUUCAUUUGCGACUUUUCCAGAGACAGUUAUUCAUCCCCUUUCCCAUCCAGUGCAAACCAAAUCCAGAUUUGUUGAUUUUUAAUAUUUAUGACAAACUAUAGGAGAAGAUGUUCAUUUAUGUGUUGAGAAACUGCUCCUACGUCUUAAACUAAAUAAACUCUUUAAAAAAACCCUCUUGGAUUAGCUGAAAAAUGCAUCGUCACAAAUGGCUGUUUAAGAUAGAUACGUGGUUCUCACAGGACAGCGUCACUGCAAACAUUUGAUGGUCUUAUAAAAUGUGAUGGAUUGCUGGAGAUUAAACUACAGAGAGACAGACUUUUGAAUUGACCAGAGGUUGCAGUGAUGCAAAUUUUUGCCUCAGUUUAGUGGUUGUUUUGAAAAAAUGUCAUCUCUGUAGAACAUAUGGGUAAUUAUUUUUUUAAAGUUUGGAAUGUGAAGUGUUUCGAAAUCUAGAUUUGUGGUAAUAAGCUACGCAUGCUUUAAUCAAACAUUACUAAAUUUUAUGCAUAGACUAAAUUAUGACCCUGGAUCGUAUUAACCAAAUGUCAAAUCCAUAAAGCCAAUUUAUAGAUAUAUACUUUAUGACAACUACUGAACAUGUGUCACAAAUUUCAGGGUGAUAUCUCAACUCGUUCAGGAGUUGUUGCACAUUUUAGAACAU